AAAAUCUCAGGCACAAAAAGAUCUGAAGCAGGCGCCAAUUUCAGUGUAGGAUAAGGUUCCUCUCCUUGCAUCGUCUUCUUCCUCACAUCCUCUAUGUCUCUCCUCUAGCGUUUUCACUCCACGCAAUCACACAGAGAGUGAGUGAAAGAGAAUCACAAUAAAACCUAACAAUAACAACAACAAUGGCCACACUUCAAGCUUCUCUUCUCUUCAAACCACCCCUCCCUUUCCUCUCUCCCAACCACGCCGCCGCGUUCUCCCUCCACCACCACCUCUCCUUCCACCCCACGCGCCUCCGCCCCCGCGUCCACUGCACCUUCCGCCCCGACUCCGCCGCCAGUUCCCGCCCCGAACCACCCGAGGAACCUUCAGUCGACGCGGCCGCGGAAGCGGUUGUUAAUUCGAGCAGUGACGGUGAUGCGACAGUCGCGGUUUCGGAUUCGGAUUCGAACGAAUCGAGGCUCGAGGUGAUUGGUGAUUUGGAGGGGGAAGAGAAGAUUGGGAAUGAUUUGAAUGAGAAGAAGGAGGUGGAGGUUGAGGCUGUUGUUGCUGGUGAUACGCGGUUGCCGCUAUUGGUGUUUUUGGUGGGAGUGUGGGCGAGGGCGAGAGAAGGUGUGGAGAGGGUGGUUUCGGAAUUCUAUGGCUGGUGGCCGUUUUGGCGCCGGGAGAAGCGGUUGGCACGGUUGAUUUCCGAUGCCGACGCGAACCCUCAGGAUGCUGCCAAGCAGAGUGCUUUGUUUGUUGAGCUAAACAAGCACAGUCCUGAGUCUGUCAUUAAGCGAUUUGAGCAAAGGGAUCGAGCUGUGGACAGUAGAGGGGUUGCAGAGUAUCUUCGGGCUCUUGUAGUCACUAAUGCGAUUGCCGAAUAUCUUCCAGAUGAGGAAUCUGGAAAACCUUCUAGCCUUCCCAUCUUGUUGCAAGAGUUAAAGCAGCGUGCAUCAGGUAGCACAGAUGAAGCUUUUCUUAGCCCUGGAAUAUCAGACAAGCAGCCGUUACACGUGGUUAUGGUUGAUCCAAAAGUAUCAAACAAAUCACGUUUUGCCCAAGAGCUUAUCUCGACUAUUUUGUUUACUGUAGCUGUGGGAUUGGUCUGGUUUAUGGGUGCUGCUGCACUUCAAAAAUACAUAGGAAGCUUGGGUGGGAUUGGAACUUCAGGUGUUGGUUCAAGUUCUUCCUAUUCCCCAAAGGAGCUAAAUAAGGAAGUAAUGCCAGAAAAGAAUGUAAAAACUUUUAAGGACGUGAAAGGUUGUGAUGAUGCAAAGCAAGAACUUGAGGAAGUUGUAGAGUACUUAAGGAAUCCAGCUAAAUUUACGCGCCUUGGAGGAAAGUUGCCAAAGGGUAUUCUUUUGACAGGAGCGCCUGGAACCGGAAAAACACUGCUCGCCAAGGCUAUUGCUGGAGAAGCUGGCGUUCCAUUCUUCUAUCGGGCAGGGUCUGAAUUUGAGGAAAUGUUUGUUGGAGUUGGAGCUCGACGUGUAAGAUCCUUAUUUCAAGCAGCCAAAAAGAAGGCUCCUUGCAUCAUAUUCAUUGAUGAAAUUGAUGCUGUUGGAUCAACAAGGAAACAAUGGGAGGGCCAUACCAAAAAGACAUUGCAUCAACUUCUUGUUGAAAUGGAUGGGUUUGAGCAGAAUGAGGGAAUAAUAUUAAUGGCUGCAACAAACUUGCCUGAUAUUCUUGAUCCAGCUUUAACAAGGCCUGGUAGAUUUGAUCGGCAUAUUGUUGUACCAAAUCCAGAUGUACGUGGUCGGCAAGAAAUUUUGGAACUCUAUCUGCAAGACAAACCUGUAGCUGAUGAUGUUGAUAUUAAAGCACUUGCUCGUGGUACCCCAGGAUUCAAUGGGGCAGAUCUUGCGAACCUGGUAAAUGUCGCUGCCAUUAAAGCUGCAGUGGAAGGUGCAGAGAAAGUAACAACUACACAGUUGGAGUUUGCAAAAGACAGAAUAGUUAUGGGUACAGAGCGGAAAACAAUGUUUGUAUCAGAAGAGUCAAAAAAGCUUACUGCUUAUCAUGAGAGUGGCCAUGCAAUUGUUGCCCUUAACACUGAGGGUGCACAUCCAAUUCACAAGGCAACAAUCAUGCCACGUGGAUCUGCUUUAGGAAUGGUCACUCAGCUUCCCUCAAGUGAUGAGACUUCAAUAAGCAAGAAGCAGUUGUUAGCUCGCCUUGAUGUUUGUAUGGGAGGAAGAGUUGCAGAAGAGCUUAUCUUUGGUCAGGAUUAUGUCACAACUGGAGCAAGUAGUGAUCUUCAUACUGCUACUGAGCUUGCCCAUUACAUGGUAUCAAAUUGUGGGAUGAGUGAUGCAAUCGGGCCAGUUCAUAUAAAGGAGAGACCAAGUUCUGAUAUGCAGUCACGUAUUGAUGCAGAGGUUGUUAAACUCCUUAGAGAAGCAUAUGAUCGAGUGAAAGCCCUUCUGAAGAAGCAUGAGAAGGCAUUACAUGCGCUGGCAAAUGCAUUAUUAGAGUAUGAGACACUUAGUGCAGAAGAAAUCAAGCGAUUACUUCUCCCACAUCGGGAAGGAAGACUUCCAGAACAACAGGAACAAGAAGAAGCAGAAGGGGAGCUUGUACUGGCGUAAUCUUUUUCUGUACUUCCUGUCCAUUACUGUACUAAUUAUAGGGGAAGCUCUGUACAGUAUACCUAGAAGUCCUACAGGUAUUUUUAUUAAUCUAGUUUCUGCCAGUUCCCCUCUUUGUGCAUACUAUUCUUUGCAAAAGAUGGUUAUAGGAAGUAAGUUAUAUGUUGUAACCUUUGAAUAUCUCUGAAGCAACUACUCCCAUUAGAGUAUGAUUGCUCUUUGUGAGGGCAAUAUUUUUUUGAGAACUGUAUAAUUUUUAGGAAGUAACUUAUUGGACAUUUUGAGAAUUGUGUUUAGUAGCCUAUUCAUUCUUCAUUAGUAAGAAUUUCUUUA